GCAAAAUCCUUCGAACGAAAUUAAAAAAAGUGUGGUGUUCUGUUUUAUUUAUAUUUUGAAUUGUGUAAUAGCUAAUUUUUCUUAAUAAAUAACUAUGAUUUUAAAACAUAAAUAUAAUCUAUUUAACAAUUUCAAAAGUUUACACAGCAUGCCAUCCAAUGACAAUACCAAAACCAAUGAAAAAAUAGAUCCAGCCGUAAGAACUGCUGCGCCCGGUGAUGGUGUCCGAUCAAUAAAAACCACAAAUGUUUUUCGAGCAAUAAAUUUUGAAUUGUAUGCUAAACCUAAUGUCGUUGUCAUGGGUAUUGGAUUGACUUGUAUCACUGGUGUCCUUGGUUAUAUUGCCUACAUGAGAUACAAAUAUGAAGAAGCUGGAUAUUAUGCGGCAGUUCAGGAGGAUGGCAAAGAAGUAUUUAAGAAAAAACAAUCGAAAUGGGACACGUAGAAUAUAAUGAAAUGUAUUUAUAGGAGAAUGUUUGUAGCUAUUAAAGUUUCUGUUUAAAAAAAAAAA